GAAACGGAAGCUGAACUUCAAGAAUAAAAAUGAUGCACAAGUGGAGCGUAGCGAUGAUUUUAUGCUGCUGGAUGCUGUUGCUCUCAGUUAGCGCCAGAGCGUCGGCCAGUAAUCUAGACGAUGAUAACGGUUUGGACGGUGAUUUCGAAGAUGUUAGCACCACCGACGUCCAUCCGACUGCGCGUUUCGCUUUCGUCAAUUUGAAUUCCGACGGUUCGCUAUCCUUCACGUUCAAUGCCACGUCUCUUCAGUACACGCUAUUAGCCGCUUUGACUGCCCUCGUCUUGGCGGCCAUCCUCCUGCCGUUGUUGGGUCUCAUCGGCAUCGGUAGCCAAGAACCGGAGUACGGAUACGCUUAUACGGAUCAGCAAGGCUACACUGGACCUUCUUACGACGCUCCGGCACCUACCUAUGGCGCCAAUUCUUACGGCCAUUCUUCUUAUAGCAAACGGUCGUUGAGCUGGAUGGGUCCUGUCAUGGAAGCUCUUUCAAAGAGCUACCAGCGAUAUGAGAUAGGCAGUGGAAGCAGCCGGAGCGAAGAGAAACAUCAAGAAUGAAACUUGAGUUAAACGAUCUCUCUCUCUUUGGACGGAUAAGAAUUUUGAAUUUGAUGCUUUUUACUGACUGAUGCAUUUCAACAAGUCUUUUUUUUUUAUAUAU